AUGCCGCGUUUAUUUGACAACUCCCGCGAGAUGACAUUUAGUGAUCCUGAGAGAGUCUGCGAGGAGGCACAGCAAUACCUCAAGAAGAUCGAUCAUCUGCCGCAGUUCCAGGACCCCAGAGCUAACGGAACGCUGGUUGAAACACCGUAUGGAGUUGGCAUCCUAUGUGGAGUGGAUAGCCACGGCCGAGCCUCUGUGCAGCUGGGCACAAUGCGUCUCUGUAUUAAGCAAGCUCUGGUACGAUUCCUCCCCGAGAAGAUACCCUCCGGGAAGGACCUGGAUGGCUCAGCUGCUGCCCACAACGAUAAUUUGAAACGUGAUCUUCCGCUGGCUGAAGAAGAGAUGUGUUUUUUCGAGAGUGAUCGAAAAUGCAAGCGCUGUUAG